CCUCCCUCCCCUGGCAGGUGGGAACAGGGAGAGCCCCAGCAGCCUCGGCCCCGGGGGGCACAGCAGAAGGACCUCAGCCUGGCAGGAGGCCCUGUGAGACUACUGGGUACUGAUGGACGUUUCCGACAGCCCUGAGCGAAACCCCUGCUCUCCUGAUGAAGAGGACCAGCAGCUUUCCGAUGACGAAGUCCUGAAGGAGAGCGGUUCAGACCGGGAGCUUGAUGGAGAGGGUGGGCGAGGCAGCGUCCUGGGAGAGGAGGAGGAGGAUGUGGCCAGAGGACUGAGUCACGGUGAAGAGGAGAACCACUCGGACGAAGAGGACCGCUUAAGCGAAACCAAGUCUCAGGAGUCUGACACCAACGAGCAGAGCGGGGAGCUGAAGAGCCCUCCGCCUCGCAAAGGAGAGGAGGAAGACAGGACAAAUGACCUUGGUGAUGAAGCGUCCUCUGUCACCCGUGAACUAGAUGAGCAUGAGUUGGACUAUGAUGAGGAAGUUCCUGAGGAACCAAGUGCUGCUGCUGCAGAGGAGGAUGGUGAGAAAGCUGCUGGUGAGGAUGAUGAAGAGGAGGAGAAAGGAGAUGAUACCCAUGAAGAUGAGAAAAAAUCCAGCAGUAAAAGUGACGAUGAAAAGGAUGGCCAGGAUCCCCUCAAGGAGAAGAAGAAAGAAGAAGACGAUGGAGAAAUUGAUGAUGGAGAAAUUGAUGAUGAUGACUUGGAAGAAGGAGAAGUUAAAGACCCCAGCGACAGAAAAGUGAGGCCACGUCCCACCUGCCGAUUCUUCAUGAAAGGUCACUGUACUUGGGGCAUGAACUGUCGAUUUAUUCACCCUGGUGUGAAUGAUAAAGGAAACUACUCCUUGAUCUCCAAGCCUGAGCCCUUCUCCCCAAACGGUGCUCCUCCCAUUGGCCCUCACCCGCUGAUGCCAGCCAACCCUUGGGGAGGGCCCGUCGUUGAUGAAAUCUUACCUCCACCCCCUCCAGACCCUCCAACAGAAAGUGCCUGGGAGAGAGGCCUCCGGCACGCUAAAGAGGUAUUAAAAAAGGCAACUAUGAGAAAAGAACAGGAGCCUGACUUUGAGGAGAAGAGGUUCACUGUGACUAUUGGAGAAGACGAGCGUGAAUUUGACAAAGAAAACGAGUUUUUCCGCGACUGGAAUUACCGCAUCACCAGAGACGUCAGAGAUCCAGCGGAGGUGGACAUCAAAGAAAACAUUAACUAUGGGCUUGAUCCCUAUACAGAUCCCUAUUAUGACUAUGAAAUAGAACGGUUCUGGCGUGGUGGGCAGUAUGAGAAUUUCAGGGUUCAGUAUACAGACCCAGAUCCAUACCGUAACUACAGAGUAAGUAAGGAAAGAGAGCGAGAACGGGAAAGGGAAAGAGAGAACAGACAACGAGAAAGGGAGCGCGAGAGGGAGCGAGAGCGGGAGCGAGAGCGGCGCCAGCGGGAGCGAGAACGAGAAAGGGAACGGGAGCGCGACAAGGAGCGCCAGCGGCGGAAAGAAGAGUGGGAACGCGUGAAGAGAGAUGAAAAAGACAGGCAGCACAGGGACCGGGACAGGGACCGAGACCGGGACAGGGACAGGGAACGCGAAAAGGAGAAAGAAAAACCAAAGCCUCGGUCCCCGCUGCUACCGAGCCGCCAGCCUGAGCCACCAAAGAAGGAGAAGGAGGCAACCACAAUUACCACCACUCAGUCAAAGAGAGCAGAUGAAUGGAAGGACCCCUGGCGCCGAUCCAAGUCCCCCAAAAAGAAGCUCGGUGUCUCCGUCUCUCCCAGCCGUGCGCGCAGGCGCCGAAAAACCUCCGCUUCUUCAGCAUCUGCUUCUGGCUCUUCGAGGUCCUCUUCUCGUUCAUCCACCUAUUCUGGUUCAGGUUCCUCGCGAUCUCGUUCCAGAUCAUCUUCUUACAGCUCUUACUCUAGUCGCUCUUCAAGACACAGCUCUUUCUCAGGCAGCAGGUCCAGAUCACGGUCCUUCUCGUCUUCACCCUCUCCUUCUCCAACGCCGUCUCCACACAAGCCGCUUGCGAAGGCUAAAGGGGAGUUAUUACCACCUGCUGGUAAAGGUGAAAAAUCUGUGAAGAAACUAGCUGCCCUUCCAGUCCCUCAGCCACUCACUAAAAUUACAGCAGCUGCACCGGAGCCAGCCAAACCAGGGGAUAAUCGAGAGGCAAGAAGGAAGGAACGUCAGACAAGGACUCCACCCAGGAGGCGGACUAUCAGCGGCAGCAUCAGUGGCAGUGCCAGCAGCUACAGUGGUUCCAGUUCCCGAUCUAGGUCCUUGUCUCGGUCUCUCUCCAGAUCUCAUUCCAGAUCCUCGUCAGCCUCAGUCUCCCACUCCCCGUCGGGGUCCAGGAAAUCCAGGUCCCUGAGCGUGAGCAGCGUUUCUUCUGUCUCUAGUGCCUCCUCUAGCAGCAGCUCCGUACGCAGCGCCGACUCCGAAGACAUGUACGCAGAUUUGGCCAGUCCUGUCUCCUCAGCCAGCUCCCGAUCCCCAACCCCAGCACAGCAGAAGAAAGGUAGAGGAAAGUCAAAAAAAGAAGACAGUGCUAAAGAGGAGAAGCGGAAACGGGAUGUGCCUGCUCAGCUCCUGAAAUCAGCCAAGCCCACCCAGGGGAGCAAAUCGCAGCAGCUCCUGCAGACCCAGCAGCCCUCGGCCCCCCAGUCUCAGCAAGGGGGCUUCAGCGCUCACAAAGAGAUCAAACUGACGCUCUUGAAUAAGGCAGCUGACAAAGGAAGCAGGAAGAGAUACGAGCCAGCAGACAAAGACAGGCCGAGCUCUCCUCCAGCCAAACGGGCGAACCUGUCACCUGACAGAGGCUCUCGCGACAGGAAAGCGACUGGGAGACUCUCUUCACCCAAGCAAGAGCGACAGAGGGGCCAGAACCCGAAACCUUCUCCCGCGCAGACGGACAGGAAACGCCAGCUCUCACCUCAGUCCAAGAGCUCCAGCAAAGUGACGAGCGUUCCGGGCAAAGCAUCUGAGCCGGGCCCCACGGGUGCCAAGGCGGGCAAGUCCAGCACCCUGUCGCGCCGGGAGGAGCUCCUGAAGCAGCUCAAGGCGGUGGAAGAUGCCAUCGCCCGCAAACGGGCCAAAAUCCCGGGGAAAGUAUAGUGGGCCGUGCGCGGAGCACCGCUCUGCCCCGUAGUGACUGUUCAUGUUUUUAUAAAUAGUGUAAAAGCGGCCACUUUGGGAUUUUGCAGUUCUGUCUUAUUUUGGCUGCGAUUCUUUUUAAAAAAAGAAAAACCCAUUGCAAAAAAAAAAAAAAAAACACAACAAAAAAA